AUGAAUUCACAUGUUGCAGAUAAGGACGACUACCGUAAGAUCGUUCGCCUAUUCCGAGAGGAAGAAGUGCCCCAUCACACUUUUCCUCUCCCUUCGGAACGGAACAUCCAUGCGGUGGUUCGAGGAGUUCCCGUCAACUUUUCGGAUACUGAGAUUAAGGGGGAACUGGAGCAGAGGGGAUAUAGCCCUCUUCACAUCAUUCGAUUGAAGCGCAGCGGCGGCGCGCCCAUGCCUUUGGUGGUCGUGAUACUGCCCAAGACUGAAAAGUCUCAGCAAGUGUUCAACGAACACGAACUGCUGGGACUGGCCAUUCGAGUUGAGGUUCAGAAAAACUCCAGACUCAUUGGGCAGUGUCACCGCUGCCAAAAUGAAUUCACUGCAGGAGAAGCAAGGCACCUGAGGGUAGCAGUGAAUGGACUCCUGGAAAAAGUAGAUCUGGUAGCUAGAACCAUAGAUCUCCUAGGGCCGCCUUGCAGUGAAACAUAUUCACAUUAUCACUAA